ACGCUUGCCAUUGAUACGCCCGCGCAACCAGCGGAAGAAUUGAUAUUCAAUUACCUUUGCCCUGUGCUGUCGCCCUGCACCUUGGGACCCCAGGUUCCCGGCACGAGAACGCUGAUCAGCAUUACCUUAAAGGCAACUGAGCGGGGGUCUGCCUGCGGUGUGCAGCUUCAGAGUUCCUGCAAUUAUUCCGCCUGCAGGAGCACCCUCUACGCGAACUGUCGACCGCGUGCUGAUUUUUGCCCCGGCAUCUCUGUACCGAAAACGCCAUUCUGCGACCUGCUUGGUCUUGGCCUACCUGAUGGCCAUCGGACCGCUGCCACUGCAUGCGCAGAACUGCAGACGAAGGGGUUGAACAAACACAUCGGUCGCCUCCUGUCGCAAAUCCCACGGCACACAUCGAGAUAA